UAUUAUUAUUACUCAGAUAGCAUUUGUUAGAUUCUCUAGGUGCCAGAGCUGUGGCAGAGUUGUUUGUAAAAAUGAAUGAAAGUUUAGCCCCUAUCCUUGGAGAAAUCACAAUCCAACAAGGCAAUGGGCAUUUGAUCUAUUAAUAUAAUACAAAGGUCUAAGAGAGGUACAUGUGAUACAGCUACUUCAGGCCAAGUUUUUACUCCAGACCUCAUGAGUGACGUCAUCAAGAUAAUCCAAUUCUGCUGUCUUAAUGGAAUGUAUAUGAAAAAAAUAGAGAAGAACACGGAUUUCAUUUUCUCAUUAGCUUGAUUCUUAUCCCAGAAAGGGACUAACAGCUGGCAUAGAGAUUCAUUUAGCCUCAUUUCACACAGAUUAUGAGUACUUGGAGCAGGACAUAUUUUUGUAUGACAAUGAGUUCUAGCACUAACAAGAUUUUUAAAGUAAUUGAAUAAUUAUAUUUAUUUAUGAAUCUGGGAGUCACAACCUUUUAUCCUCACUCUCAUUGUUUCAGCUGAGCCAAUACAAGCAUGAGAAUUUUAGAAUAAACUUUUAUUUUUCUCAAGGAGCAGACCAAAGAAAAAGUUUAAAUGUUUUAAAAGUUGAUUUUCCCAACUGAUUUUUCUUCUUAAAAAGUGAUACUAUCUCACAGGUAGUAUUCAUUCUACUUGCUCAAAAAGGCAACAAUUUUAUGUAGCUUUUUUUGUUAGAACCUGCCUCAGUCUUUGAUAGCAAUCUUUUGUUAGACAAUUCUCGUUACACAAUAACACCCCUUUGUUCCACUGUCCAUUAGCUACUUACUGACCACACCAGAGAAGAGACAGGAAGCAAUGCCUCUUAUUUGAGUUCCAUUUAACACUUCAAGAUCAAAUGACAGAUUUGGAACAAACACAAAAACACAACCAAUUACACAGUUAAAUCUGCAAUCACUUUGAGAUAGAAAUUGCAUCAUGGAAAUAGUUAACUGAAAGACAGACAAUUAAGACUUGUGUGGCGAUUAAAGGUAGAAACCUGUUCUGUAAUUAUGACUUCAUAUUAGUUUUAAUAUUUUUUCAACAUGUCUUUAAAAUCAUUUUGCUAAUGAAAAUUGGUAUAGCCACUAUGUAGUAGGCAAGUGACAUGAAGGGGAAUUGAUCCAGAAUUACAGCCCUACCCCUAUGCUCACUCAUGAACCAAGUGUGUAAAUUGCUUUUUGCCACUAUCCCGUAUUCCCCGCACCCACCCCUUGCAACAUUAAACUGCCAAACACCACCCAGGAACGGAUUUCCUAUUUCAUCAUUUAAACCCAUUAUCUUGUCCCCUUACUAUCUUGCCAAACUGGUUUCCCUCCACUUACAUUUUUGAGACAUGAUGUGGCAAGAUAACAAGUCUAGACUCUAUAAGUAGACAGUUGGGUCUUCAAGUUGAAGCAGAGGACCAAAAGCCAAUGGUCCUCUUUGUUUGUUUUUCAGUGUACUGCCUAAACUCCUCGUAAUCCCAAAGAGAUCCUCUAACUGCAGAGCAUUUCUUUGUGUAUUAAAGAGCAGACAGCAGCUGACCGAUAACUGCAAGGCAAAAGACCUGCAGUUUGGGAAGAAAGAGUGCAGCACGUUCAAUUGAAGCGUUAGCCUUUGCCUAACUUGCCGAUUUGACAAUGGUUAACUCAGUAAAGAUGAACAUAAUCUCUAGAGUGUGUUCACAUGUCCGGUGACGGUUGGGAUCUUGGAGUUGCUAUUUUGAGUGAACAAGCCAGAGAGGGGCUUAGGGGGACAGAAGCCCUCUCGAUUCGCUUCAGAGGAUUUCUUUCACUCUAUUGUGGGAAUGGGAAAGGCUCCACCCAUGUCCCCAAUUAUCUGUCCAUCCACACACUUCAGAAUGUUAUCUUUUUAAAUGUCAGGCAUUUGGCCACUGGUUUACAGAGUAAGAUUUUUCUAGAAAUGACUGUCAAGAGGAGCUUGGUGAGUAACCAGGGAUAAAAGAUGAUGUUAUCUCAGAAGGUUGCCAUUUAGUGACAUGCCCUCAUUACAUUAUUUAGGUCAUGUAUCCCCGCUCUAGCAUCCUCCCAAAUAUAGAAGAUAUUGAGUAUGUGUCCUCAGAAAGCUGCUUGUGGUAAUUGAUAGUGACUUGGUAAAAUGUAGACAGUGACUACUGAGAGCUCAAUGGGAAAACUAGGCUGGCAACAUAAUGCUUGGGGUGAGUCCUGGGGCUGAAGGCACAAGAUCUCUGGGAGAUGAUUGGCCCAUUAGAAGAGUGACUGAAGAUACCAAUACAAAUAGGGGUAAAAUGGGGAUGGAAUUAAAAAUUCCCACAGGACUGUUUUUCAUUCUCCUUUCGCUUUAAAUCUUUCUGAUAAUAAUACACAGUUGGGGGUAGGGAGAGGGCAGGGUGUGGAUUUAAUCCUCCCAAAGUUGCUCAAACCACAAUGAAUGUUCCCAGUCAAAGCACCCUUAGCUGUUUCUAAGAAAAAGCCUCCUUAUAACAGCCUCAGGAACUGAUUUCAAAUCCCGGGCCUUUGUCUUUCAUCUCUUUGCUCUUGGGGCUCGGGGUAGUGCCACAUCUGGUGGUGGUUUGUGUGAAAGGAAAUAAUAUAUAUAAUAGUUUCCUGUUUGGUCAUUUAAACCUGUCCCUGUGCUGGACAGAAUUUGACCCACUUCACUCAAUAGCAACGUGUCCUGUUGCUAAAGUACCCAUUAUUUACAAUGGCCAGCCAGCCAAAGUGACAGUGCUUUACCACCAGCCCCAAAGCUGCCCAGGCCCCUUAUUCCGACUCUUACUGUUUUCAUUGACACAUAGAGUGUUGUUAAUAGCUUAAACCAGAGACUGGGACUUAUUUCUUUGGAGCAUAUAAUUAUAUUUGACAAGAAACUCACAAAGUCUAGUAAGUAUGGUUAUCAUCGUCUUCUCUUAAUCCUUUUUGGAGCCAGAUUCCAUUUUAUUCCUGAAUUUUAAAAACCGUGAGCUUUAUAAUUUAUUGUGUAACGACCGGCAACCAAAAACUAAGACACGCUAAUAAUACAAUGAAACAUAUUUGGUAUUUUGAAUUCCUUUUUCUAAUUUGACUUUGGUUUUCUUGCCCUGACCAUAAUUGACAGUCCUGCCCUGGAGGUUUUUCUCUUUUGUUUACUUGCAGAGGUGGCCAAUUUUCUUCUCUCUGGGCAUACCAAUUUGUGGUACUGAAUGUCUGAGAGACCAUGGAAUUUGUGACAUUAUUUCUGUAUAUUAGAAUCUGUUCACACAGCAAACUCUUCAACUACGGAAUGAGCACUGACCAUCCCUAAAUCUGUGCAUAUAUUUGAGAAGAAAAAAAUCCAUUCUGCGGCCAUCACUUGCUUUUUACUCUAGUCUCUUAAACUAAUUUCAAUUUCUUCUUCCUUAGAGACAUUAGAAAUGUAUGGAUACAUCAUUUUAGUUUGGACCUCCUGAAAUGCUUAUGAUAAAACAGAGAGGAAUGUUUGUAGUAACACAAUAUGAUUAUGGAGGACAGGAGUGAACAAACUGUGACCCAUGAGCCAAAUGUAGCCAGCAGACUGUUUGUGUACAAGGUUUUUACAUUUUUAAAGGGUGAUGGGUUGGAGGAAAAAUCAAAGAAUAUGGAACAGAGACUAGAUGUGUCCCACAAAGUUGAAAAUAUUUACUAUCUGGCCCUUUACAGAAAAGUUUUCUGAUCUGUAGCUUGGGCUAGCAUCGUUUGCUAAAGUGUAAAGCCUUACAUCUCGAUCAGCUGGUAUCUCUUUGAACUUUAGAUACAGACUGUUAUUGAGUACUACCUGCUAUACCAGGGCAAAUUAUACUAUACUUAUUCCAAUUUACUAUUUAAUCGAUUAGAUGUUAGUACUAUCUAUAUAUUCUAAUGGUUUUCAAUUCUGGCUGAAUUUUAAAAUCAUCUGAAGAGCUUUAAAAAUACUGUUGCCUAGGUGCCUACACCAGAGAUCCUGAUUUUAGGAUCUGAAGGGGAAGCUGGGCAUAGGUGUUUCCUACAUUCUCUUCAGCUGAUUCUAAUGUUCAGGCAGGUCUGAGAACCACAGGCCUACACCAUUUAGGGGUCUAUUCGUGGAUUAACAACUAGACCAUAUUCUUAGGCAGUUUUUAUUUACAUUGUUCAUUAGAAAUAUAAUAAAGAUGCAUUAUACAAAUUGCUCUUUAAUUUCAAGACAGAAGUGUUGCUCAGGGAAAUUCUGAGACAAUUUUGAAAUGUGAGGAGCAUAUGAAACAGAUAAUGCAGAGCCCAGAGAAAUAGAAUUUAAGAGAUAGGAACUGAAAGGAACAUGCUGGAAAAAAAGAAAAGGAAAGGAAAGAAAAAAGAAAACCACUCAGAAUUACAAUACACAAAUCACUGAGUAGAUUUCUUGCUGUCUGGGUAAGUGUAUCUAUUUUCAAAAGUGCUAUUAACAUAAACAGAACAGUAAAUCUGGGGCACCAUACUUUUUUUUUUUUUUAAGUUGUUUAGAAGAAUUAUAUCAGUCUGCAGGUGUCACACGCAGUUACUCAGAAUCAGAAAGAAGGCUGAUCGGGGGUUAGAAGAUCUCCAUCUAUCUAUCUUUUUGCAACCAACCACGUCCAGGCUGUUUAUUUAAUACUUCCUCUUGCUAAUGAAGAUACUGGUUGGGGAUGGGUCGGGCUUUCCCAUCUCAGCAUAAGACUGCAAGAUUUGAACGUGCCCCGGUGCUGGCUUCACUGACCACAGCAGGUACCCCGGGCAAGAAUCUGAGCAAGUGCGGAGGCAAGACACAUCAAAGCAGAGAUGGGAAGUGAAAGAGCUCUCGUUCUGGACAGAUUAGCAAGCAAUGUGGCAAAACGAAAAAGCUCAAUGCCUCAGAAAUUCAUUGGUGAGAAGCGCCACUGUUUUGACGUCAACUAUAAUCCCGGCUAUAUGUACGAGAAAGAGAGUGAGAUGAUACAGACCCGGAUGAUGGACCAAGCCAUCAAUAAUGCCAUCAGCUAUCUCGGUGCAGAAGCCUUGCGCCCCUUAGUCCAGACACCACCUGCUCCCACCUCUGAGAUGGUUCCAGUUAUCAGCAGCAUGUAUCCCAUAGCCCUCACCCGUGCGGAGAUGCCAAAUGGUGCCCCCCAGGACCUGGAAAAGAAGAAUAUCCACCUGCCAGAGAAGAGCCUGCCUUCUGAAAGAGGCCUCUCCCCCAACAAUAGUGGCCAUGACUCCACAGACACUGAUAGCAACCAUGAAGAACGCCAGAAUCACAUCUACCAGCAAAAUCACAUGGUCCCUCCCCGGGUCCGCAAUGGGAUGCCACUUCUGAAGGAAAUCCCCCGCUCUUAUGAACUCCUCAAGCCCCCACCCAUCUGUCCAAGAGACUCCAUCAAAGUGAUCAACAAAGAAGGGGAGGUGAUGGAUGUGUAUCGAUGUGACCACUGUCGAGUCCUCUUCCUGGAUUAUGUGAUGUUCACUAUUCACAUGGGUUGCCAUGGCUUUCGUGACCCUUUUGAGUGUAACAUGUGUGGAUAUCGAAGCCAUGAUCGGUAUGAGUUCUCAUCUCACAUAGCCAGAGGAGAGCACAGAGCCAUGCUGAAGUGAACAUCUGGUCUCCAAGAUGAUUUACGCCUGAGCAUUCAACAUAAUUUGUAAAAACCGACACCCCACCUAACGAAUUAUUCUCCAAACUCAUUUCCAAACUCCCUUCCAUACCAUUUUUAGUGUCCAAAGAGUCAUGUUCACAUGGGCAACAGGGAAAUGCUGUCUUCAUUCAGAAAUUGUUUGCAGAUAAUAUCGUGUUAUCAUUUUUGUUAAACCUUUGUUUUCUCAUUAGGGACUUGAAUUUUUAUGAUAUUUAAAAGCCAGUGAAGUAUUUGGUCAUUAUCUUUUGCAGCAAUGGAAGAAGCAGUCCUUGGGGUUUGUUGCCAUUCAAAAGAAUCCCCCAGUUGUGCUGCAAGAGACAUUCUUUCUGAGAUACACAGAUACAUCAGCCAUAUGUGGAAAAGCAUUUUGGUCAUCUGCCUAGGUCCACAAAGAAGAAGAGCUCACCAGCUAACCUGGCUCGGAAGCCAUGCCCUUCUGUACUUAACACAGGCUGAAAGUCUAGGAUAUAGUCUCCUCAUCCCAAAUUAUACUCUAAUGGUAAGGAAAAGAACAGCCAUAAAACAAGUAUCUGUUACCAGUAACUGAAGACUGAAGUCUCUAGGCAGCAGACCCAUUUCUUAGCACACAAGGGGGAAAAAAUCAAGUCAUCCAAUGAUACUUCUGCCUCUACCCUUUAACCUUCCCAUCAUCAAUUAAAAGUUGCUUUAGUUUAAACCAGUCAUGAAUAGGAGAAAUUCUAUAUCAGAAGAACGGAUGGCUUUAAACAUAGACCAUCAUUGAAACUCCAGGAAGUUGUCGGCUUUGGACGAUGGCAUCCAUUUCCUAUGAUCAAGACUGGCAGAACUGGGCUCUGAGGGGGAAAUGGUUCAGAAGCACCAUGGGGCAGUGAGGGGGGUGGGUAGUUACCUAAAAGUUCUUGGUCUCCUUCAUGGAGCAUUAGUGUACAGACACUUACCAAUGAUUUCUUUUUUUGACAAAAAACCACCGAAGAAUCCAAAAUGAGUGACUUAGUCUCCCCCUCCCCACAGGAGAGGAAUCAGGGACAGAUGUCAUGUGUGUUGUUUGGGUCUUUGAUGAGCUUCCUGACGGGGUGAGGAGGGGGCAACUCUGCUGACAGGUUCUCCUUGAUCAAGCAGGGUGGGUUUCUCUCUCCAUUUUAAGUGGAGCUGCUGUAUGCCACAAAAACUCCUGAAAGAUCUUGAUUCUGCACAUGUAUCGGUCAGCUUUGUCAUCUGUUAUGGGAAAUACGCUAUCAAGGGAAAGUUCAGGGAUAAUUGUAAAAUUAGUAUUGCAAUAGGGGUCACGAAAUCUGUUUGUGAAUUCCAUAUUGGCUGCUAAUUAGCUGUAUGACUUUGGGCAAAUCACUUAACUCUUAAAACUAAGUUUCUUCAACCAUAAAGUAACAGUUGGGUUUAUACAUUCUCUAAGGUCCCUUCCAGCUUUAAAUGUAUGCGAUUAUGCUGUAACCACAGUUACUUUUUAGACCUCUUAAUGCAUGGGUAUUAAGCAAAAGAGUAUGUAUAUGAAUAUCUGUUUCACAUUGCUUUGGUGUGAAAAUGGUAGUGUUGUUAAAUUUUUCCUUUAACCACUGAGUUGUGAAUGUGAAGAGGAUGGUGGGGAGGAACAAAAAACAGGAAGGUAUUUUGAUCUUGCCCCAAAGUAUAUACACAAAGUGGCACCUGCAGCUGCUUGCCAAAGCCUUUUUUUUUUCUCUCUCUCUCCUUUUUAAGAACUGGUGUUAGCGAAAAUAAAUUCUGCUUCCAGGGACAACUUCAUGGAGCCUAGUUACACAUUAAGAGUCAGCUUUGUGCACCUUUCUACCAGAGCCAAGAAUCCCCAAUUCCUGGUAGAUUAGUGUUUUAUGUAUCUGCCUUGAUAUUUCGAAAGGGCUUAGGCAUUAGACUUCAACUCAACUAAUUUAUGUGCUGCCAGUAAUUAAAAUGUUCCACCUCAGACUGCACAAAUGGCUUAUCCUUCUUUGUAGCAUGGCGUCUGUCUCAGGGAAAAAAAAAAGACUUUGUGAAAUUCCAUGGUAACAGUCCCAACAUGUCUGAGAUUUCAGCUAAAAGACUAGACGUAUUUCAGUGCGUAGUCUUCACUAUGUUUCCGUAAUCCUAGACCCCAAGCUACGCCAGGUUGCUUACACCCGUUGUGGCCGAGGAGCUGCUUAUUAUACUCUUGAAAUGCCGCACAUCCUGUUGGCUCUUCAGGGAACAAAAGAAAGACUAUUUGGAAGCAAGAAUUAGUAGGAGAGAAAGCUUGGGAAAGCGGGCAUUUCCACCAGAUUAGUGGGAAAGUCCUUCUGCAGAAGCCAACUUUUGCACCUUAAGAGUGAAAGAGGCCCAUCCCACUAACCUAGGGACUUUUGUGUAGAUAUGACCCUCAUUUUCCCUGUGACUAAUAGAUUUUCUAAAUGAUUUCUAUUCUUCUGAGGUCAGUCUUCUGAGUGGGGUGGCCACUCAGAAAUGCUACUUUCACUGUAGCAUUCUGGGCCUAGAUUGGGACACACCGAGUCCGAGAAAAUUUGCAUGUACAAACUGCAUAUUCUUAAAUCUUAAAGUCGAACCAGUUAAUAUGUAGUAGUGGUUGUCACCACACAGGUGAAUAUUUCCUUCUGUAGGCACUCCUUAUACCAAUUAAUGUCCCUGCCCACCGCUUGCUGGUAAAGAGGGUAAAGGAGAAUCUUAGCAAUAUUGCUUAGUGAGAAGGGCAGAAUCAGGAUUCACGUUCAACCAUGUUGGACAGUGAGAUCUCCUUUCCCAGCCAGAGUCCCUCUGAACAUGAACGUUGUGGGUCUUCGCUCAUCUUCAUUUCCCACCACACACCCAGGAGGCCACAAUCUGAGGAACAGCCAACCCCAUGGAAAGUUCCCUUGCAGCCAAGGUGACAGAAUUGGGGUGAGGCGGAAAAGGAAGAGAACUGGCUCUCCAGAUGUUCCUUACCACCACUUGAAUCAUUGCACAGGUAUUUCCUAACGACAUAGAACUAAACAGAAGUUAUCUCCCCCAUUACCCUCCACCACCAUCACCAAGGACAAAAAGACAUUAAUAAAUCUAUCAGUCUUGGGGCACCUGAGUGGCUCAGUCAAUUGAGCAUCCAACCCUCGGUUUUGGCUCAGGUCAUGGUCUUGCAGUUUGUGAGUUCAAGCCCUGCAUCAGGCUCCACGCUGACAGCCUGCUUGGGAUCUCUCUCUCCCUCUCUCUCUGCCCCUCCCAUGCUCAUUCUCUCUAUCUCUCUUGAAAUAAAUAAAUAAACUUAAAAUUUUUUUAAAUAAAUAAAUCUACCAGUCUUUAGAUUCUUUAAGUCAUUCUCCCCAAAAGAUAUUUGCCUUGACACAGAUAAGCUAACUAAUCUUAUGCCUUGUUACCUAUUUUGAGCUGUUCCUGACUCAGCUUCUGAUUUUGUCAGUGGCAAAAUUUCUCACCUUUCAAAUGCAGUGCUUAACAUUUGCUAGGCCCAUACUCAUAGUGGUGGCCCAGAUAUAAUAUGACCUCAGAUUUCUUUUGCAAAGAAAAAGGUCUGAAAACACAGAAUUUUGCUUAGUUGAAACACUGUGUUAUGAACAAAUCUCACACUGACAUGAAGUUUUUCCAAGUAGUCUCUGUAUCACUAUUCUUAUUCUCCUCCUCUGCUUUUUCCCCUCUGAUAAAUGUGAGGUUUAAUGUGUUUUAAGGGAAAAAGCAAUACUGCUGAUAAAUAUCCCAGCACAGACACAGUAAGACCGCAAUGGAAAUGUUAAAUGCUUAGAGUCCUAACUUUAAAAUGUACCCCACAGAGAACAGGUCUGUUGGUCUCCAGUGGAGAUUUGGAAACUCCAGGCCACUCAACAUUUGAAUCCUCAGAGAUAGCCAACCUCUUUCACAAGGGCUUGGAAUUGAGAUUUAUGAGCUCAAGAAGAGAAAGAAAGGGGAGUGAUAAAAAUUUUGCCCUAGGAAGUAGCAUCCAGUUGUGCAGAAGAGAUACUUCUCCUUUAAAGAAUUGGGAGCUAAUUUUUUAGGUUCAGACAGUACAGUUCAGAGAACUCUCUAUAAGCAGAGUUCAGAAAAGCAGAAUGGAUUUGAAACUUCCGUGCCUGUGAAGAAGACAAUUUUGGCCUGAAACCAAAGGCUAGAACUGGGCCACUCUAGGAAAAGGAUGCUGUUCUCUAAAGAUAAAGGACUGACUGGUUCUGCAAAUAAUCAGUGAACCCAGGGCUGGGCACUGCCUCUAAAGACCGUGGACUCAGAAGAGCCUGGAAAAGAAGUGUAGGCUUUAGACUUGUGUGAGCUCAGAAUACAAGACUGUAGCUCCAUUCACCCCAACUGUAGAUAGUGUGUACCCCGCCAUGCCAUCAACAUGAUAAACAGGUCUUUGCACUUUGAAAAAGUUGAAUGCAAGUUUCCUCCGAAUAUUACAAGAGUGGACUGCUGAAUAUUCAUAUCGAUUGAGCUGUUCUUUGAAAACGGAAUGUUAAUGUUUUGAUUAAAAAAUGUAAGGACAGAAUAUCUACCUCCCAAGGAUGUUAUGAAGUUUUAUGUAAUUUUGUCUAUGGGGUGAUGUUACUGUUUUUUUGGGGGGGCGGGGGAUUAUGUUGGAUGGUUACAAAUUUUCCACUACGUGUACUGUAUGUGGAUUUAAAGACAUGGAGAUAUUCCAAGGCCAUACUAGGACCACAGUUCAGUCAUUCAGUAGCCAGUGGAGGCAUGUGAUCUCUAGCACAGUCUCCUUCAUGUUAUUUUAAUUCAUAAGAGUAAAGAAUAUGCUGAAUAUUAAAACCAAUAUGAGUUAACCACAUGCUACAGACACUUCACGGCACUGCAGCCAGGAAAGUAGAAUGGCUUUGCUCCCUCCCUGUCUCAUGAGCUCUUGACUAUUAACUCCCCAAGUAACUUAGAGUUUCCUCAAAUGCUCCUCACUAUCCAUCUCCCUAUUGACCCUACUCUAGAAAGCCUGGAGAGCAGUCCCAUAAUGUAACCCCCCUUCUCCCAAGCCUGUGCCACACCUCUGUGGGGCCUAGCUUCAGAUUCUGAAGCUGCUUUUCUUCUUCCUCUCAUAAAAAGACUGAGAACAAACAUUUUAACAUAGUAAGAAAAUGGAGCAGCCUUGAAAAUGAUCCCAUUGUCAGUGACUCAUUUAUACAAGGACUUUUCCAGGUUAGCAGACAAAAACCCUUGUUGGUGGGCCUGCUUCUGUGGGUUCACAGAAACCAAAUUACUGUGGGUUGCAAAGAAUUAGCAGGUCAUUUGAAAAGCAGACAUCCCUUCACCCAGACUGUGGUUUUGCAUGCUCAGGUUCUCAGUCUAUGAGCUUUGGUGAGGGAUCAUUUUGGCUACUGGAAAAACCAUAGGUUAUUUUUAAUUUCUGGUUGCCAAAGCCACCACACGUGUGGUCUGUGGAUGACCCUUGUCUGCAGAAUGACAGGGGAAGAAGGGAACCUGGUUUGGGGGUUCAAAGUGGCCUUCCCCCCAGGAGGAAGGGAGGGAGCCCUUGCUGAGUGGUUUCGACACGGCCUGUGCUCAUAGCAUUCUCUCUGGGUUUCUCAGAAAUGCCCUCCCUGCCCAGCAGUGACCUUCUCUCUUAACUCCUCUCAAGUUUUACCCAGAGUCCAACUAUUUUAGAGCAUCGUAAGGUGCCCUAUUCCUCUGUAACGACUGUUUAUAAAGAAAGUCAGCUUCUGAAAUGUAGCAAUGCUAACCUUGCCAGAACCAUAAUGAGCGCAUCACAUAAAAAAAAAAAACAACACAAAAAAACACAAAAAAACGAACAAACAAACAAACAAAAAAAACCUGCUGAUAGUUUUCAAGAUUUCUAUAUCAUGUUUGAUUUUUACACUGAAAAAUAAAAAAAUAUAUACUGGUGUGUUUAAAAUUA